AUGAGAAUAGAAAUCGUGCUUAGUGUGCUUAGCAUACUUUUAUCGGUGUUAAGUCUUGUGCAUAUAACUCGAAUAAUGAUGUUUAAUUUCAACCCCUUCCUUCAUAUAACAUGUUUGAUUGGAUCUUUGGUUAUCCUGAUUAUUGGUAUAUUGGAUCUUGUGAAUUCGUUUAUAGUGAUUGAGAAUUACCCAAGUAUAUAUUUCCUUUGCACAUCGUUAACAUCAAUCUUGGCUUGUUAUAUUAUUUUACAAGUUGGGAUAAAUUUUUAUCAAGAAUACACUUUCAUAAGAACAUUAAUGAUAUUCGCUCCUAUAGCGGUGUCGAUGGGAGUAUUUGGUUUAUCAAUAUUCACGGCAAUUAGAAAGAUUUUUAACGAAGAUGAGAAGGCAACAAAAGAUUUCGAAAUCAUCACAUAUUACUUGAGUUUGGCAGCGGGAACGUUGAGCCUAAUUUACGGAAUAUUUCCAUUAUUCUCUAUCAAAUCUCAAACCGAUCUUCGACCACAACAAACCGCAGUGGCCAUUGUACAUUUCUUUAUCGUUGUAAGCUUCUUUAUAGCCAAUUUUGUAAUUUACUCACUCAUCAUAUUGAACAAUCCAACGUUAUGGGAGAUGAAGAUUCGUUUUAUACAAAAUGUGAUCUUACUCUUAAUAUUUCCCGGUUGUCUAUUUGCCCCUCCAAGGGGUCUCGUUAAAUUUAUUAAGAGAAGGGUGUUGGGAGUCGAAGUGUUAACCAUUGGUGGUGAUUAUCGUCCAAACAUGCUACCGAACGAUUAUAGUAAUACGGAUAGAUUGACGUUCCUGAGGGGUGAUAAUAAAAUGAAAUCUUUACCUGCUUUACCACCUUUACCACCAGUUUCAAUAUCAAUACCGUUAGUUACAUCCCCCCCUACUUUAUCGGGACCAAAUUCGGCCUCACCGAGAUCAAUUUCAAAUUCGAGAUUAAUUCCAAAUUCUUCUUCACCAACACCAGUUCCAAAUACUUAUUCACCCAGACGAUUUUAUUAUAACAGUAACGCUAGUUAUUCAAGUAACAAUACAACAAAUAGUUUGAGUUAUAGUGUGAAUUCUCAGGAAACAGAUCCCAGUUUUUACCUAGAUAAUUUCCGUUACAUCCCUUCAGAUGGUGGCGACCCUAGAUUAUUUCCUUAG